AUGCCGUCCGCCGAUGUCUUCGCUGGGGGCGUGAGGCCCACCACGAGGGGACGAGUCGGCGUUUCUCAGGCCUCCAACGCGUCGGCGACCAAGGGCGAGAUCACCACGUCCGCAGGGACCACGUACUCGCGCUCGAAAGCGCUCGAGGACCUCGGCGGCAGCGCGAAGAAGGCGGCGCCGAGCACCCCCGCGCAGGCUGGCUCGCAGGCGCCCGGCAUCUCCCUGUCGUCGGUGCUGGGCAAGGCAAACGAAAAGGCAACCGCCGCGGCGAGGGGCGGCCGGCGGUCCUCGCACGUCCUCGCGGCGCAGAAGGGCGGGACCGACAGCGACGUCACGCCGGAGCCGCGCGCCGCCAGCAACGCGGCGCUCGCGAGGCCCCAGCCGCGGCUGGCCAGCAAGGCUCCCGUGGCCUUCGGGCCGCGCCCCGUGACCGCGGGGGGCAAGCUCGCCGGGGACAGCGCGCACACGAUCCCGGGGGACCGCAGCCUGGGGAGCUCCCAGGUCGGCGACGGCGACCGCGGCGCGGUGCGGGGCGCGGCCGCGGCAGGUGCGCGGCCGCCGUCCAAGUCCGAGGAGGGCAGGAGGAGGAGGAGGUCGUCGCUGGCGGUGCCGGCCGGCGCGGACGUCAUCCAGGCGCUCGCCGAGGACGGGCUCGCGGGCCUGAGGCCGUUCGAGGUCCCCAAGUCGCGGCGGGCGAGCGCGGCGCUGCCUGCGUCGGCGCUGAAGGAUGCCGGGGCCGCGGCGGUGGGCGCGCGCGCCGACAGCACGGCCGUCCGGGGAGGUCGCGCGCGGCGCGCGACGUUCGCGGUCCCGGACGACGCGCGCCGCGCGGAGGAGGAGGAGCUGAAGGACUUCGCGGCGCAGAUGGUCGAACGGCGCGACGAGACGAAGUCGUUCACGGUGCUGGAGAGCCGGCCGUCGCUGCCGUUCAAGACGAUCUCCGGCGGGGGCACCGACCUGAAGCUGCGCGUGCAGGCCGCCCUGGCGCGCCCCGAUACAGCGGUCGCGCAGGAACGCUUGCACGCGUCGGGGCUGUCCAGCGACGCGGCCGGCAGCGAGUGCGAGCGCGAGCGGGUCGCGAAGGGCGCGGGGGGCAAGAUGGGCGUGAUCGACAUGCUGAAGGGCAUGCGGCAGCGGGGGAUCGAGAAGCGCGCAGCGGCCAUCAGGGCGGCAGACACGCCGGCGGAGACGCAGUCGCGCGAGGAAAAGAUCCGGUGGGUGAGCGACGUGGCGGCGGACGCGCACGCGGACGCGGCGCGCCGGGCGGCGCUGCAGAGCGACGACGUGGCGGGCACCGCCAAGCAGCAGCCGGCCGCGCCCUCGCUGGGGACCGGGCCGGAGGUCGCGCUCGGGUCGGGGGCCGGGAGCUACAAGGUCAAGGGGGCGCACUUCAAGACGGCGUGCAAGCGCAAGAUCUACCUGGCGGACGUCGCCGGCCUCGCGCUCCUGUGGGCCGAGGCAGCGUCGCGCUAUGGCAUGCAGGGGCACGUGCUGCGGCAGGACCUGAUGAAGGUGGCCAACCAGCUGGGGCCGCUCGGGCUCAACAUGACGGGCGAGGGCGUGCUGACGACGAUGACGGAGAGGAUGAGCCGGCUGUCGAAGAAGCGCCCGACCACGACGCUGAUGGAGAUGAUCGAGUGCGCGUUCCCGUUCGCGCAGCCCGACGAGAUGACGCUGGUCAUGGGCGAGGCCAUCAGCUCCGGCGAGCAGGUCCCCGGCGGCCUCACGCCGAUGGAGCACAAGACGCUGCUGCGGCUGCUGUCCAUCCUGGGCGGCAAGGGCGGCGUCGUGCCCUUCCGCCUGGGCAUCUUCAGCAUGGCCGUCAACGGCGUGGACUCCGUCAACCAGAACGUGCUCACGCGGCGGCUCGCGGCGCUCGGCGAGCGGCACCCGGGCGGGCUGCUCCGCAUCGAGGGCAUUGCGGACUGGUGGUGCAACAUCAACCGGCUGGCGGAGCAGCCCGUGACGUUCGACCAGCUGGAGGACUUCUGCCGGCCUGGCAGCACCAUGUGCGCCAAGGUGCUGGCGAGGAUGGCGGAGCUGGCGCCGGAAGCCGGGCACAGCAAGGAGCUCGUGAGCCUGCGCAAGGCCGCCAAGGACGAGAACAUGAUCGCCAAGCAGCUCCGGGACCUGAACAACCCCGGAUACGUGCCGCAGAAGUCCGCGAUCUGA